AUGCACAUAGAGCCCAAAGUCGAUGCCUCCGACAUCUACCCCGAGGGCGGCCUACGUGCCAAUCUCGUCGUGCUGGGGAGUUUCAGCUCGAUACUAGGAGGGCUGGGACUGAUGAACAGCAUCGGCAUCUACCAAGCCUGGAUCUCGACUCAUCAACUAUCCUCCCUCAGCGAGGGUCAGAUUGGCUGGAUUUUCGGGCUGUACAACUUUCUCGUAUUCUUCUGUGGCAUCCAAAUCGGACCAAUCUUCGAUGCAAAGGGCCCGCGCCUGCUGAUGUGGUUCGGCUCGGCGCUUAUCGUCUUGACAUUCAUUCUUAUAGGCUUCUGCACCGCAUAUUGGCAUUUUCUCGUCGUUGUCGGCAUUCUUGGCGGAAUGGGAACAUCUUUCAUCUUCAUCGUGCCCGUUGCCAGUAUCGGACACUACUUCUGCCGUCGCCGAGGCGCAGCAACAGGGCUGGCCUUGUCCGGCGGUAGUAUUGGUGGCGUCAUUUUCCCGCUUGUCCUUGAAAAUCUCGCGCCCCGGAUCGGAUUCGCCUGGUCCACACGGAUUAUUGGCUUGAUCACCUUGAUCCUACUCAUUCCCGGGUGUCUCCUUGUGCGAGCCAAGUUCCCUCUAAAGGCACCGUCGCCGCCAUCAGCUAAGGUGUUCCUGCCUGACCUGACGAUCCUCAAGGACCCGGUCCUGGCACUGACCACUCUAGGCGUAUUCUUCAUCGAAUGGGGAUUUUUUAUCCCGCUUGAGUAUAUCGCCUCUUAUGCUCUUGCUAGUGGUAUCUCCCCGAAACUGUCGUAUCUGAUGGUCGUGUUCUUGAACGCAGGCUCGUUUCCCGGUCGCUGGUUACCUGGUAUUCUAGCAGACCGCAUCGGCCGAUUCAACACGCUGCUCUUAACCAAUAUCUUAUGUCUGGUGGCAGUACUGGGCAUCUGGAUGCCUGCUGAGGGGAAUCUCGUCGCCGUAGUGAUCUUCUCUGUGGUGUUUGGCUUCGCAAGUGGCAGUAACAUCAGUCUUGUUCCUGUUUGUGUGGGCGAGCUGUGUCCUGUCCAGAAUUACGGUCGCUAUUACACUACUGUGUACACUAUCGUCAGCUUUGGCGCUCUGACAGGUGUUCCCAUUGCUGGUGAGAUUCUGCAUCGCUGCCAUGGUGCAUACUGGGGGUUGAUCGCAUUUGCUGGCUGUGCAUAUGCAGCUGGGAUUGUGUGCUUUUCUUGGGUGAUGUGGCUCCAGCGGCAGCGUGGAGAGAAGGCUUAG